AUGGCGACAUCAUUGGAGCAGUAUGUCGGUACUGUUACACACUUGUCUGAACAAGGCAAUUUCCUCAAACUGAGUGAGUUUAUCAGCAAGAGUGCAGAAUUUUUGGCAAAGAAUGCCAGCCACUUAGACAAUGUGAUAGCCUCCUUGGACUAUUUUGAAACAUUGUAUGUGCAAACUCAAGAAUUUAUUUUCAACUGCAAUGGAGAACAUGUCCGGAAUGCAACUAGUAACUUUGCUGACCUUUGCCAUAAAUUUACUCAAUACUUAAUGGAUACCAGACAACCUGCUCAAGCAAUGCGAGGAAUUCCUAUUCUUAUCAAAGCCAUCAACAAAAUCCAGCUGUUUCCUUCUCAGUUGACCUCCAUCCAUAGUGAUCUCUGUAAGUUGUGCUUGCAAUCAAAAAACCUUCAGCCAGCCUUGCAGUUCUUGAAUGUAGAUUUUGUAGACAUAGGAAAUGAGGGAGGUCACUAUGAUGCGAAAGAUUUUUUGCUUUAUUAUUAUUAUGGUGGAAUGAUUUACACGGCACUCAAAAGUUAUGAUAGAGCUCUCUAUUUCUUUGAAGUGGCAAUAACCACACCCAGUAUGGCUGUUAGUCAUAUUAUGAUGGAAGCAUAUAAGAAAUAUAUAUUGGUAGCUCUAAUUCUUCAUGGAAAAAUUCCAGCUCUUCCUAAAUAUACAUCACAAGUUGUUGGAAAAUAUAUCAAGCCUUUAUGCCAGCCAUAUUAUGACUUAGCCACUUCUUAUUCAACAAAUGAUCCUAACGAUCUUCGGAUGAAUGUCAAUAAACAUUCGGAAGUAUUUACCAAGGAUAACAACAUGGGCCUCGUCAAACAAUGUAUUAUCUCCCUUUACAAGAAAAAUAUUCAAAGAUUAACGAAGACCUUCUUGACAUUAUCCCUAGCAGAUAUGGCUGGUCGAGUGCAAUUACCUAGUCCUUCUGAAGCAGAAAAAUACGUCUUACGUAUGAUUGAAGAUGGUGAAAUAUUUGCUACAAUCAACCAGAAAGAUGGAAUGGUCGAAUUCCACGACAAUCCGGAGAAAUAUAACAGUGCACAUAUGUUACUUCAGUUGAACACUGAGAUGCAAAAAUGCAUUGCCCUUGAUGAAAAGUUGCAGGAAAUGGAUCGAGAUAUAACAGUAAAUUCCCAAUAUGUCCAAAAGUGUACUGGCUUACAUGAAGAAGAAAUUCCUGGUUCCUCUAAUAUCAAAGGACAAGGCUACUAG